CAACCACAAGGGACACAAUCCCCAGGCUGCUCCACACAGGAACUUCUUCUUUGGUGGCGCUUCGAGUCCUCACCUGUGCGCACGCGCUCUUCGAGUUUCUCUCCAAACAGGCUUGACAGGACACGCCCGCGAGGAGAAAAAGGACCACUUGUUCGCGCGGACGCCAUUCUUUACUCCGUCUGUGGACUGUUUGGAAGUCGGACGGACAGGAAACCAUCGAGGGAAACUUUUACUCAAUAACUCGCUGAGAAGUUCAUCAUGAAACUCUGGAUUGUUGUCGUCCUCGCCGCCUUCGCGGCCGGAGCCUCAGCUCAAAGCUGCAGCUGUGAAACUAUGAAGUGGGCGACCUGUGAUGGAACCCCAUGUGAGUGCAAAAUUACGCUCGAGAGCAAAGUGCAUCAGACGCUGGACUGCAACAAAUUGGUCCCUAAGUGCUUCUUGAUGAAGGCUGAGAUGUACAGAGCUAAAAACAACCUGGGAACCCGGACGCUGGGAGGAAAGCCGGUGGAGGAGGCCUUCGUGGACAACGAUGGCAUCUACGACCCCGACUGCGAGAACGACGGCAAAUUCAAGGCCAAGCAGUGCAACAACACGGAGGAGUGCUGGUGCGUCAACAGCGCUGGCGUUCGUCGAACUGACAAGGGAGACAAGAACCUCAAGUGUGAGAAGCUUGUGGAGACCUACUGGGUCCGUCUUCAGCUGACACACAAACCAGUGAAGGGUGAAGUGGAUGUUAAGACUCUGAAGACCGCCAUCGGAGACGCCAUUAACAAGCGUUACAAGAACUUCAACAAGGACUUUGUGGACAAUGUGGAGUAUGACCCCAAGGCCCGCAUGAUUGUGGUGGAUGUGAAGAAGCCAAAGGGAGAGCGGCAGACUGACCUGGCCAAUAUGGCCUACUACAUGGAGAAAGAUGUGAAGGUGCUGCCCCUGUUCAAGAACCAAGACAAGUUUGAGCCAACUGUGGGCAGCGAGAAGCUGGAGAUGGACAGCAUCCUGGUGUACUACGUGGACGAGGAGGCCCCGACUUUCACCAUGAAGAACCUGUCGGGCGGGAUCAUCGCUGUCAUCGUGGUGGUGGUGCUGGCUGUGGUUGCUGGCUUGCUGGUCCUGUUCUUCGCCAGGAAGCGAAGUCAGCGGUACAACAAAGCUCAGCAAAGGGAGAUGGAGGCCAUGUAAAGUCUUCAGCGCAGCGGGAGUCGAUGAAGAGUCAGCUUGUACAUCGCCUUUGGAUCUUAUUUGCAGUGGGAGUGUGCCAUUUUCACCAUUUUACUUGAGGAAUGCAAAUUGUAAAGGAACAAUCACUUGCUUUUUUUUUAUGUUGUUGGCACAACUGGUACAACCGUUUAUUUAUAAAUUGUGUAAAGUCUUAACGCAUCAUCCAACCUAUAUGCCAUAAAGAACUGUGCUUUUUAAAAUACGCCCGGCACAUGCUCCAUUUUAAUGUUCUGACUUGUUGAAUGGUUUAAUCUCAGUGUCAUAGAUUGUACAGUUUUCUUACCAGUGUGUGUGUGUGUUUGUUGGAUCGUUUUUAAUAAAAUGUGUUUUGAAAGAC